AAAGCAUCAAUCCAAGUAAUCUCAGAAUAUUAAAACAGCAAAUAGCAGGUUUUUGCUGUAUUUGAUAUUAAAAUAUUGAAGCAAUUGGAUAAACCAUUUCCCAGCUGAACCUGCAUCAGAUCAAACAAGUUGAAAUUUCUCUUUGUUUCUUGCGUUUCUUCAUGUUUUCUGAAAAUCAAAGACCUCUUUCUCGGAAAACAUGAAGAAAGACAUCUCGUUCUCUUUCUCUAAUGGACCUCUUUCUCUAAUAAGGAGCGGUGGUUUCCUCUUUCUCAUUCUCUUUCUCUUUUUCUUUCUAUCAGCAGUUGGGCUCAUCUUUUGUUAUCCAUCCGCUCACACUGAUAAUCUUAUCCAACAACUACAACAUGAAUUACCACAACAACAUCAGCACGAGCACCCUGUCCCUAACAAAACCCACCACCGCCACGACGGCGACAUUAGAAUAAGCAAUUCACAAUUCACUACAGCCGCCACUUGCGACAAAAACAUUUCAGUGUACGUAUACAAUUUGCCGGCAAAGUUCAACCUCGGCCUCCUUGAUCACUGCCACAACCUAAACGUGCAUACCGACAUGUGUCCCCAUGUGGCAAACUCCGGACUCGGCCAGCCACUUUUCAACAGCAGCGGCGGCUGGUUCGCCACCAACCAGUUCACAGCUGAGAUGAUUUUCCACACACGCGUUGAAAACCAUCCCUGUCGCACGUGGGAUCCCGCACUUGCUACCCUCUUCUACGUUCCUUACUACGGCGGCCUUCACGUUUCGAACAAGUUCCGCGAACGGAACCUGACGGCUCGAGAUGAGCUGGACGUUAGUCUCGUUGACUUUAUUCAAUCCCAGCCUUGGUGGCAAAAGCAUAAUGGUAAGGACCAUUUUAUGGCCCUAGGGAGGAUCGUACGGGAUUUUACCCGGAAGAACGGCGACCGCGAUUAUGGAGCCGGCCGUCUCCUAAAUUUUCCGGCUGUAAAAACCAUGUCGUUCUUGAUCAUAGAGAGACAUCCGAGGAAUGGGAAAAACCAGUACGGUAUACCCUACCCUUCUUAUUUUCACCCGUCCACGUGGCGGGAAAUGAUGAGGUGGCAGAACAAGGUGAGGAGAUUCAAGCGACCCUACUUGUUUUCCUUCAUUGGCGCGCCCCGAAGGAAGGCGGCAAUUAGGAACCAAUUUAUAAGGCAAUGCGGUGAGUCGGCUCGUUGCAAUCUCUUGAAUUGCGGGACGUCGGACAGGCGUAGCAAGUGCAGGCAGCCAAGUGAGGUGCUGAGGAUGAUGACGGAGUCCAGGUUCUGCUUGCAAGCACCGGGUGAUUCGUUCACACGGCGGUCCACGUUUGACUCGGUGCUUGCGGGUUGCAUACCUGUUUUCUUCUCACCCGACUCGGCGUACACGCAGUAUGCGUGGUUUUUACCGGAGGAUAGAAGCUCCUACUCGGUUUACAUAGAUGAGAAGAGCAAAGCAGCUAGAAGAAUAGAGAAGGAGCUCAUGAAAGUUUCGAGCAAAGAGGUGAUGAUGAUGCGUGAAAAGCUCAUAGAUUUAAUCCCAAGUCUUACGUAUGCUCACCCCAAUGGGACUAAUAUUGGGUUUGGGGAUGCAGUUGAUGUUGCACUUGUAUCAUUGGCCAAGCAUGUCAGUACAAUCAUUAACUGAUUGUUGAGUUAUUACUGGUAGUGGUAAAAGAGUUAUUUCAUCUGCGAUGUAACUAAGAAAUUUAUUGGGACCAUUUUAUUUGGGGAAGGAUUAAGGAUUAAUAGUAAUACCCCUCAUUUGUAUAACAAGCUUUAAAACUAAUUUUGACCUCUUUAUCGAAGUUGUUUACAGGUUUGGAUAAUGUUAGGCACUUUUUCUAUU